UUUUGUCCAAGUAAAAUCGUACCUGCCUCUGUUUGUGCUUCGGUUAAAAAUUUAGAUCCCUGGAGUCUUUUCCACUACAUUAAGAACACUCACUUUUGGAAUAAAAAUGGUGAAGAAGUAUUUUUUGAUAAGUAUGGCAACCCUCCAGCAUUGUUCAGCAUUGUAAACUGGCAAGUGUCAUCAGGAAAUUUGUUCCAAUAUCUGGAUGUUGGCCGCUUUGAAUACACAGUUGCAGAUAACCCAAACCUGACAGUGGAUGUUUCUGCUAUUGUGUGGAAUGCAGAUCAUGGAAAGAUCCCACAGUCAUUGUGCAGUGAAAGUUGUCCGAUGGGCCAUCGUAAAGCACCACAGCCAGGCCAGCCAAUCUGUUGCUUCAGCUGCAUUAUAUGUGCUCAAGGAGAGAUCUCCAACCAAACUGAUUCCACUGAGUGUCUGAAAUGUCCUAAAUAUGGUUGGCCCAGUGAGACACAAGACAAGUGCAUUAAGAAAGUAACAGAGUUCCUUUCAUAUGAAGAAUUGCUAGGCACAACAUUAACUGUGCUUUCCAUAUACUUAGCGAAGAACACCAUUGUCAUUCUAGUGAUAUUUAUAAAUUGCCACCAUACACCUGUUGUCAAGGCCAAUAAUAGAGAACUUAGUUUUUUGCUUUUAUUUAGUCUCAUGUUGUGCUUUCUCUGUUCACUUAUUUUCAUAGGCCACCCCACUCAUGUGACAUGUAUGCUUCGUCAAAGUGUAUUUGGCAUUAUUUUUACAUUGUCUAUCUCAUGUAUUUUAGCAAAAACUGUUGUAGUGAUCAUUGCCUUUAAUGCUAGCAAACCACACAACAAUCUACUGAAAUACACAGGUCCCAGAGUACCAAAACUUUUUGUCAUACUCUGUUUAUCUAUUCAGAUGAUAAUAUGUAUUUCUUGGUUAACUAUUUCUCCUCCAUUUCAGGAUGAAAAUACAACUUCUGUAACAGGAAAGAUCAUUAUAGAAUGUAAUGAAGGCUCACCUAUGGCAUUCUGGUGCAUGUUAUCAUAUAUGGGUCUUUUAGCUACUGUAAGCCUGGUAGUUGCAUUCCUGUCCAGGAAGCUCCCAGACAGCUUUAAUGAGGCAAAAUUUAUCACAUUCAGUAUGUUGGUAUUUGUUAGUGUGUGGAUGUCAUUUAUCCCAGCCUAUCUGAGCACACAAGGGAAGUAUAUGGUGGCUGUGGAAGUAUUUGCCAUUUUAUCUUCAGGGGGUGGACUCCUGUUUUGUAUAUUUGUUCCUAAGUGCUACAUUAUUCUCUUUAGACCAGAAAUGAAUACCAGAGACUACCUAAUGGGGAAGGGGGUGUUUAGGAAUGAAAACUAUUAA